AUGCGAGAGGCAAUGCUCGCAGCACUCCGACCCGUACAACGUCCUGCAGGAGCACCCGUCACUCCGGAGGAACUCUUCGAAAACACCCCUCCAAUUCUGGACGGCGGCAUUGUGGUCGUGACAAUGUUUCACCGCUACAUGUCACGCGAUCGGCUGCGGUUGCAAUUUCGGUAUGCACUGACCAACGAGCGGUGCCUGGACCUCAUGGUUACGCACGCCUCCGCGAUCACAGUGGGCGAGAUCUGUGAGCUCCUUUACCGGUGCGCCCCCAGAAGCAUCCCGCCGGAGGCCGGCAUCCAAGUGCUGGGAAGCCGCACCUUUAAGUGUCUGAGCCGGUCGCCACACCGUUUCGUGUGGCGACCGGCUCGAAACAGGCGACACCAGAGGCUGUGGCCCGGAAUUCCAGUGCAUGGGCGACGCCGCGUGUCGCUGGCGCGACACUGCUUGAAGGUUGUGCGGCGUCCCUAA